AAGCUGGGGAACUAAAUCUUAUGAUUUACGCUCACUAAGGAGAAAGUAAGUUUCAGCAAUUUUUGGAGAAAGGGAAAGACAACUAUUAAUGGUUUUCUUUGUCGUGACAAUUCUGAAUAUGAUCAGUCGAUGAAUUCUAUGCCAAGUGAUGACUCUCUAGUUGGGGAAUCCAGACUUCACAACCCGAAGAACCACACGCGACCUUACGAGCACUGUUCCAGCCAAGCUGUUGAUGCAGAGACUGUGGGAAUGCAGUACUCGUCCCCUUGGGUUGGGACAGCAGCCCCAACCUUUUCGUAAUCACAUCGACCACGGCACAGAAAGCAUCAGGAAUACAGACCCUGCAAGUAAGCGGACCCCAGACCCCGCUGCCCCAAAAGUUGAGCACCCUCUUAUUAACCAUUGCUUCAUAGGCUCUGUGAGGUCGCUGCUGUUAAUGAGUUUGAUAAGGAUCUCGAUACUCCAAGUUACCAGCAAGAAAAGGAAGGAGCUGAAGGAGAUGCCCUCAAACAGCACGGACCUCUUGGCGGUCUCUGGCCCUGCCGAGAGGGGUAAUAAGUUCAUGUUCGAGUCCAACACAAUCGAAGGUGAUCUAGAGGAAGACGAUGCCUGUGAAGAGGUUGUUCAUGUUUACUAUCGCACCUGGGGCCGUCACAGAAACGCAUGUCUUAACCUCUCGGCAGUACCAGGAGAUAUACAAGUGUAUUUAGUCUGCGGGGAGCAGAAGAUAAAUGCGUAUUACAAGAGAGUUUGGUCUGGAACCUCUCGUUCGGAUUGUGUACAUAAAGAAGGUGAUGUGACAUGGGUUAUCUUGAAGUCCCACUGGAAUGAUGUACAGCCUUUAUCAUUCGAUGCCAUGUCCACUGGUUAACUCGGAAAUCUACUCAGGAUGGUAGCUCUCAGAUUACAUGGGGCCACUGCUGCUGAAUGUUGCUCUAGACAUCCGGUGGCAACCGUUUUAUAAGUCAUCCAUCCUCGGCAACUUUUGGGUCCUUACUUCUGAGAUGCGAAUGCGGGCGCUGAAAGAAGCAAUAAGUGAAAGGAUCAGACUGCAACCAUAUUUGAGUUUCGGUUCGAAUUGAUUAUUAACAGAUUCUUACCUUGUAAUACAAAGAUCAGAUCUAUCUCCCAAAUGACCAUUCAAUAAAAUCAGAGCGAAUUGAGCCUUGAGUGGCUCAAAUCGGUCCUCCAUGUCGUGGGCCUACGCAGAAAAGUGCUUUCUUAUAGACCCUA